GAAGUGUUGAUAUUUGAAGAUAGGUGUUGUUCAUUCUGUUUUGCAAGUAUAACUUGAUGCUUUUUUGAUGUCAACAGCAUGGCGCAGACUCCAGUAAGAAGAACCGUGAUGGUGCAACACCUCUAGACUUAGUGCGUGAUGGGGAUCAGUAUGUAGCAGACUUGUUGUGUGGCAGUGCUGCCUUGUUAGAUGCUGCAAAGAAGGGAAAUCUUGCUCGUGUUCAGGGGCUUGUGACAUCUGAGAAUAUCAACUGUCAUGAUGCUCAAGGGCGCAAUUCCAUGCCCCUGCACCUAUCUGCGGGUUACAACAACCUUGAAGUAGCAGAGUUUCUCCUAGACCAUGGUGCUGAUGUGAAUGCUCAGGACAAAGGUGGCCUAAUUCCACUUCAUAAUGCAUCUUCAUAUGGUCAUCUGGAUAUAGCUGCAUUGCUAAUCAAGUUCAACACGGUGGUAAAUGCCACUGAUAAAUGGGGCUUUACACCAUUGCACGAAGCCGCACAAAAGGGACGGACUCAGCUGUGUGCAUUAUUGCUUGCCCAUGGAGCAGAUCCAUUUUUGAAAAAUCAGGAGGGUCAGUUGCCUGUGGAUUUGGCAUCAGCAGAGGAUGUACGUUGCUUGCUUCAAGAUGCAAUGGCCUCACAGCACCAGCGUCUGCUCCACCUUCAUGGCCUCCAUCUAUUGCUGUAGCGUCUCCUACACCUAUACUGGCUGCAGCACUUUCUCCACCCGUGGUGACAGAGACUGUUAUAAUGCCCUCCGGAACGUCAGUGUGACUCUGUGCAUUCCAGUAUCUGCUGCAGAGGGAUGUUGUGCAGCAGGCAUGGGCGAUGUAGCAACAGCUGCAGGAUUCUUGGCGAGGUCAAUGAACUAAAGAAUGCAAGAUCUUUAGGUACUUGCACAGGUGGCUGUGCGUAGCAGGACUUGAAGCUAUCACAGUGACAGAGUGAUAAAAUCUUCUCAGAUGAUCAGCUGUGUCAUGUAAGUUACAAAUUGAUUGGCCAGUCUCAUGAAGAUUCUUUCAGCUGUAUAUUGUGUUUGCUAUAUGGGCUGGCAUGAAAUAACCUCAAUCUGAUUGAAUGGACUUUCGUGAAAUUUAAUAUUGGUAAAAAGGUAAACUUGCCACUGUGUGCUAUAGUAUGAAGGCAUAUGGUGGGAGUGGAGGUAUAGCUUUGCCUUCUUUGACCUCAGUACUUAGAUGGAGGUGGGUGGUCAGUUUCAUGCCCCAGCUGCAUUACUCCUGGAGAAUUUUCCCUCAGUACUUAUUGGUGACUUUGUUAAGAAUGUGUUGUCAUAAUUUAGUUUUCUCUCCCAGAAUGUGUAUGGAUUCCAUUAUAUUAUAUUUAUUUUUAUGAGGGCUGUUCAGUAAAUAUGCUACCUACAUAUUUCAAAGGUAGUGUGAGUGAUUGUUAUGUCAUCUUAUAUAAACUCAUGUAAAUGAGUAGAUGAAAGACAAAAUAGAGAAUUGCCAUAGGGAGACUUUAA